AUGCCUCACACGUCGACUCGCGGCGCGGCGCACUCGCUAGACGAGACGCCCUUCCCCAACUCUGCCGCCUCGACCGCUCAACGCCCUCGGCAUGGCUUCGCUGCGCCUCGUCCCGCUUCGACGCCCGUCGUACCGCCUUCAGACCGCGUGUCGCCUACCCUGCAGCGCUUCCACUCGUCCUCCGGUCCUUCCCCAGCCGCCUUCGACGCCUCCACCACCGCCUCCUCCUCUCACGCCCUCUCCUCUCCGGCACCUGCAUACCAUCUAAGCCCCUCCGUCCCCGCCUCGCACAGCUCCUACACGUUCUCCUCGUCGCAGCAGUACGCCUCCGGCUCAACCUCGUCGUGGUCGGACCUCCCUUACCCACGCCAAGACGAGAGUUCCGGUAUUCUGCGCGGAGGAGCGAGCGGCCGAGUUGGCUCGAGCGAGGACGGCGUCAGGCGCGAGCUGCAUGAAAGGGCGACGUACGGGGAGGAGAUUGUGGCGGCGAUCAAGGAGGAGGAUGAGGAGGUCGAGCGGAGGGAGCGUUGGGUGCUGGAGGCUUCGCUUGCGCCGGUGGCUCAGGACCGCUUCGCAGGCCAGUUUGUCCAGCAGGGCGACGGGUACUAUGGCCAGGACGAGUUCUCCGCGUCGCACUCGACAGCUCAGCCGGCGGGCGAGGUCGGCGAUGAGUUUGACUUUGCCUUCGACUCGCCCGGUCUCGUCGAGACUCGUCACAUCCCUCAAUACCCGUCCGCUGGAUUGCAGACGGCAUACGACGGCUAUCGCGACAGCGGCUACGGCGGAGGAUCGGGAAGUCAUGCUGCGCAGGGCGACCACUCGCCAAUCUCGCCGCUUUCGCUCUGUGCGGACGACCUGCACCGCCAUCCAGACCAGCAUUCGUAUGCCUACCGGCCAGACCCGCAGAGCGCCUACUACGACUCCGACAAAUCCGCCUCGCCUGAAUCGCCGCUCCAGCCUUUCUUCGUCCCGGCAGGUUCGCGACCGGUCCCUUUCGCUUCCGCUUCCGCUUCCUCGCACUUCGGCCGCACCAAUCCUCUCCAUCCGACGUACAGCCACUCUGCGCCGUCUGUGGUCGGGCACUUCCAGCACGUCCCCGCUCAACCCGGCUCUUACGACUACGAGGAGAUGCCCGACCCAGCCGCUCACUUCGCCCCGUACUACGCCUCCUACGAGAUGAGGUCGCCGAUGACAGCCUUUCAGUCCUUCCACAUCGCACCAGGCCCGCAGUCGCCAGCCGACGAAUUCCCGCCGCCUUUGCCUUCCUCGCCUCAAUCGCUUCCGACGACGACAUCCCCUCUCUUCCCAGCCUACAAUGCGUCUCGUCACGGUACCGUCUCUCCCCCCAGCUCGCGUCGUUCCGUAAUCGCAAACGCCUUGGUUCAUCGCCAGACUCGCCCGCAGUCUCUCGAGAUUGCCCAAGCCUUCGUCAGAGUCGAGGAUCCCGACUCACCUACUAUCCUCGCUUCGCCUGCUCCUCUCUCGCCCUCCAGCCCGCAUGCCCCGUCCUCGAGCAGCAAGACAGCCAAGGGGAAGAAGCGUCGCUCUACGUCCUCCGCUUCCUCCGUCGACCCCGAUUGGACGCCCUCGUCGCCGACUCGCGCACCUUCCUCGCCUCGUCACGUGCAUGCCACCCGCGUCUCACCGAUUACGGGCAAGCCUGUCAAGGUCAUCUCGCCGAGGAGCUGGCCGCCGAAGGACCAGCACAAGCGGAUCUACACGUGCGACUUUCCCGGCUGCGACAAGAGCUUCGGCCGUCCUUCCGCUCGCGACACGCACAUGCGCUCUCACAGCGGCGUCAAGCCGUUCAUGUGCCCCAUUCCUUCCUGCGGCCGCACCUUCUCCGUCUUCUCGAACCUCAAGCGCCACAUGAUCGUCCACCCAACCGUCGACUUCCGCCAUGUCACCGUCAACGACCUUCCCUUGAUCCACUGGGUCCCGGACGCCGAUCCCGAGGCGUCGAAGGCGGCGGGUGGCGAGGGCGGCCGGCUCGAGUGGAUCGACGAGGAUGUCGAGGAGUCAGAGGACGCUGCUGUCGGCGAGUGA